CGCCCGUCCCCGCGGCAGCCCGCGCCCCUGGUGGACUUCCUGGACUUCCAGGCGGAGCUGCGCCAGGCCUUUCUGGCCGAGACGCCCCGGGGCGGCUAGAGCCCGCGCCCACCGCCCGCCAGAGCGCAGAGCAGAUUGGAAUUACCUCAAUGCAAAGGGUUUAAUAUGUGCUUUUUAGAAACAGAUGAAGGGGGUUACAGGCGCCCCCUCUGCCGGAGCUCCUGCCAGCUUGCUUGUGCGUAGCAGAGCCCGCGUCACCCCUUUGUCUGUAGCCUCCCCUUAGGUCUCAGAUCCCACACUUUCCUGUGCACGUGGACGUGGUGGCACCGCAGCCAUGACGGUGGGCAAGAGCAGCAAGAUGCUGCAGCACAUCGACUACCGCAUGCGCUGCAUCCUGCAGGACGGCCGCAUCUUCAUCGGCACCUUCAAGGCCUUCGACAAGCACAUGAACCUGAUCCUCUGCGACUGCGACGAGUUCCGCAAGAUCAAGCCAAAGAACGCCAAGCAGCCCGAGCGAGAAGAGAAGCGGGUGCUGGGCCUCGUGCUGCUGCGCGGGGAGAACCUGGUGUCCAUGACUGUGGAGGGGCCUCCCCCCAAAGACACUGGCAUCGCUCGCGUCCCCCUGGCCGGGGCUGCAGGAGGCCCUGGGGUUGGCAGGGCGGCUGGCAGAGGCGUCCCAGCUGGCGUUCCUAUUCCACAGGCUCCUGCGGGACUAGCAGGCCCUGUCCGAGGGGUAGGGGGACCCUCCCAGCAGGUGAUGACUCCACAGGGACGAGGCACUGUUGCGGCUGCCGCGGUAGCGGCCACGGCCAGCAUUGCUGGAGCCCCGACUCAGUACCCCCCGGGGCGGGGGACACCCCCCACCCCUGUGGGCCGGGCCACCCCCCCUCCAGGCAUUAUGGCUCCUCCACCGGGUAUGAGACCACCCAUGGGCCCACCCAUUGGGCUUCCCCCUACUCGAGGGACCCCGAUCGGCAUGCCUCCUCCAGGAAUGAGGCCCCCGCCCCCCGGGAUCAGAGGUCCACCGCCCCCAGGAAUGCGUCCACCAAGACCCUAGGCUACUGUUGUCCUUAGUCUCUCUCUGCACUGUGUCUCGUGAAACUGUAGCGUGUUUGUGAGCUGUCCUGCCGCACUGAUAGUCACUAAUAAACGAUAGAGCAACACACUGAGGGCUGUGUGCAUUCCUUCCGUUGGUUUGUUGAGGUCAGAGUGACACGGGCCUUCUCUCCUGUUGGAUUUAUCCUGUGGGGCGAGGUGAGGCCUGCUGAGCCAUGCACUCGGGGCCUUGCUCUCAGGACAUGGUGUUGCGUUCUAACCUUCGCGCUGUGCCUUGGCGAUUGUAACAGCCUCCACACGCAUGCGUUUAGGUGGUGAGCUGACAGGCACACGGUCUCUGUACCUGUUGGGCCCUACAUACCUGCAGGGCUGGGAUGGGCUGAGGGCUUGUGAGGCCACGGAGAGAGGAAGCUGACGGGGAUCACGCCUGAGGAACAGGAAGCCCGCCCUGGUCUGCUUAUCCAGGGCUCUGCCUGUGACCAGUGGCCAUGAUCUGGGAGUGACCACCACUUCCUGCCCACAGCACAGGCUUGUUGGCCUCCAUCGCCUUUUCACACAAGACGAAGGGGAGCUGCAGGGCCUGCGGAUGGCCUGCCAGUGACACCUGGACAGGAGGGAUGCGACUCGUGUCCUGCUGAGCCAGCACUGCCACACCUGCCCUUCGGACAGACCCGCCCCUCCAGGUAAAGUAACCGCGCACAGAAACGCCCGCGUGCAUUGCAAAGGCCAUGGCUAGGUUCAUGAUGACACAGGACCUUGUCUGAACUUCAUGAUCUCAAAACAUGAGCUUGGAUGUGUCACUGAAAUCUAGUCAUGCGCCUCACACACACCUAGCACACCUGGUCAACAGGAAGUGUUGGCUUGACAUGACAACUUAGCAUACUUUCCAUGGCAGUUAACACACGUUCGUUCCUCAGAAACAUCUUUCCGUACAACCUUCACACGCAUUUCAAGCGCAUCCUUUUCUCUUCUGUACAUAUUUGUGCUGUUGGAGGCAACAAAGGAGGCACACCCACGGACCCCGACAGGCACACGUGUGGAGGGAGCGGAUGCCAGGCAUGGAGACUGCCCACCCGCCUGGGAUGGAACGUCGACACCCGCGUUCUCGGUAUCUAGUGGUGGCUAGGUGAAGGCCUCACGUUGACCAACAUGCCGGCUGUAUGGAACAUGCCUUGCCAUGGACACAGCUCCUGUUUGAGGACAAUUGAUCUUGUCUGUAACCUAGAUCAGCGAUUUUCAACCCAUGUGCUCUGAAAUUUUUAAAGCAUGUAACUCGCCCUCCCUUAAACCAUCAAAUAGAAAAUUAUUAGAAUCCACGCAACAAUGGCUGUUCAGUAUGAAUUAAUCAAAAUUAUACUUAUCUUUAGGUCAAAUUGGCAAAAAUUGUAUAUUUUGGUGGCCCACUGAAUUUUACUAAUUGGCUUACGUGCUAUGAAAUGAGAAAGGUUGAAAAUCGCUGCCCUAGGUUUAAGGUCUUACACAGUAAAUGUUCAAGAAAUGUGUGGCAUUAACUAGUUUUCUAAUGUUAACGGUACAGCCCUUACAAACCUUCAGUGACUCCCCCACAGUGGAAACAUGUGAUGACAAUCCAGGCCUGUCCCACCCAACUCCAUGCUUGAUCUCUAAAAGGAGCCCCCUGCUCCCAGACAGGGCCGAGCUGUGGUGCCUGCAGGGACACUGUAGCCAUUGUAGCCCGGAAGUCCUGCUUGAGGUCACAGGGCAGUGAGAGGACGCGGCUUGCUUAGCGCAGAGCAGCAGCAUUUGACAUCAGUCCCAGGACACCGAUUCUGGAGUGAGCGUGGGUGAAUGAAUGCCUUCAGGAAGUCAGGCUCUGACAACAGGCGCUGGGCAGUCAGGAGGGACAUCAGGUGUGGCUGCCAUUUAAUUCUCAAGUUGUAGUGGAAGAAGCCUUACGUGACUUCAGUCUUUAGCUAAAGGACAUAGCUGUGCCCCAUGGCUCCUGCCUUCAGUAGCAUCUUUGUCAUUCAGCAACUUGGUGAGCUUCUCUACCUGAUUUCGGCAUCUUGGUCAUUAUGUAGCAUCUUUAUCUUAUUGCAGCUUCUUAAUCUUUAUGUAGCAUCUCAAUCUGAUUGCAGCAUCUUUGUGUAGCAUUUUAUCUUAUUGCAGCAUCUUUGUCAUUAUGUAGCCUCUUUAUAUCAUUGCAGCUUCUUAGUCUUUAUGUAGCGUCUCGAUCUGAUUGCAGCAUAUUUGUCUUUAUGUAGCAUCUUUACCUUAAUGCAGCUUCUUUGAUUAUAGCUUCUUUAUCUUAAUCUUUCUGCAGCAUCCUUAUCACUUAGCAAGAAUAAAGGUAAAAUACAGGGUUCCCAAUAUGAGUAAUUUGGUGACAUCAGGAAAGGAGCUUGUGCUCUGGCCUCACGGUGACAUGUGGGUGGCGUUCCCAUAGCAUUGGAUUUCUUGUGUCAGGGAGAGUGGAUUUCAUCUGUUCGAUCUGACUGACUUUCUUGACCAUUCUCAACGACCUUUCCACCUUGAUUUUUUUUUACACUUUGGAAUACUUCAGAUUUUCUUCCUGUAGCCUAGGUUCCUACAUUGGAUUACAACACGUUAGUGGAGGAGAGGAAGUUAUCUGUCUGGUGAUAUUUGGUGUUCCACUUUUCAGUUGGGACAGUUGGCUUGGGGAAGUGGAUUCUAAGAUAUUUUCUUGUAAGACACCAAAGGUCUCAACUUGAUUCCAACAGAUUUCUGGGUGUUUCGUGGUCUUUGAUCCCCAGGUGUCACUUGAAUGAAAUUGCUGUCAAAGAUGGCUGAUGAGUCAGUCACUCACUCUUGUAGGCCAGGGCCUUCCUGAUGGUAGAAAUGUACAGUCCACAGGCAUAGCCUUCAACCAGGUGCACUUGCUGUUGGUAAGACGUGGGCUUGACUCAUGAUGAGCUAUGUUGUCUGAAGUGAAUGACGUGAAGGUCACCCGAAUACUCUGAAGUCCAGCCAAAGUGUCCAUCCACGCACGUGGGCCGCACAUUUCUUUAACAUCCGUUUGUAGGCUGUACAUUUCACCAGGCUUCCCAUCAACAUGGCAGGCUAGUCAGAGAGAGGAGGGCGCCGUGGGCUCUCAUCCCCACCCACCACAUCUGCCGUCUCACUUUGGAAUUUCCCAUCAUGCAUUUCAAGUGAUACCCUCAUGACAGCCUCACUGGUUCCCACCUUGGACCAGAGCUUCCUGAGCCCGUGGCCCCAGCCCCUUGGAGCAGCUCCAGUUAGCACAGGAGCCAGAAAGUGCCAGUUGGUUGACACCUUGCUUUUGUCUGAGAUGAGUUUACUUUUUCCACCUACACUCAGAGGGAGCCCUUUCAUUCUUUUCUUAGUAAGUCACCACCUUUUGCAUCUUGGCAAGAUGUAGAUGGAGAUUCAGUUGUUGGCUCAGAUUCAAGGGGCCGUAAUAGGCGUUAGCAGUGGGUGAAUCUGAGCCCAGGAGAGGAACGGUUUUGCCAAAAUGCCAUGCAUUCUUCGGGGUCUUCACGUCAUUCUUUCACAUCUGCACCAUCUGUCUUGUGUGAGUAAUGGAUCUUAUGACCUGAGAUUGACGUUCUAUGGCUAAGUGCUUGUGCUUCGCUUGUAGUAGCUCUUGUGAGGGUUGAAUAGUAAUUAAACAGGUAUUUAGGAAAACCUGUAUAAAAAGUUACCAUGGACAGUUGAAUGUAUUAAGACCUUAUCCUUAAAUAGUCACCUUAAUUUGUUAAUGCAUGUGUGUGAGUGUGUGUAAAUAGUGUGGGUGUGGAUAGUGUGGCGAGUGAACAGCUUUUAGUGGAAAGCUGUUGGGGUUCCAAUUAAUUACAUUCUUUGUAAAGUAAGUUAGACAAGUAUUUUCACAGUUCUUUACCUUGUUUAGUUCCAGUUGUCCUACCAGAUUUUUUUUUUUAUAUUUACUACCUCAGAGACAUGCUUGGUUUCUCUUAGAGAAUUGAGAGAAGUAAGAUGCCCUUUCUACUAACUGAAUUACAGUGGGAACAUCAGUUGAGUGAGAAAGGAAAGGAGGGAGUUAACGGUCUUUUGACCUUGGACGUUGGGUGCCAGCUAGGGUGGUCCUGACUGCUGAAAGGACACUGGUCAUGCUGGCUGAGAACCAUCCAGAACAUCCAUCCGUUCUUGAGGGGCACGAGGCCUAGAGAGAAUCCCUACACAGCACUGGGAAGGCCGAGAUGGAGAGGGAAUGAGUGGUGGGGGAGGGGAGUGCAGGGAGGAAGGAAAAGGGAGGGUUUAAAGGGAAUCUAUCAGGUGUGAAGGGAGACUUCCUUUGUGAGUCUUUGAACAUCAGAAGAGGCUGUGUUGGGAGGUUAGGAGUUGGAGGAACCACUGACCUGCCAGUGUUUGAUUCAGGGCCUCGUUCUCAGCCAGCCGGGAUGGGGGAGCUCCCAGAUCCUUUCCUGAGGUGACGGUGUGGCUGGGUUAGUAGAAGGUGAAGGGGUUUGCAUCUGCAGCCAGCUGAGAUGAGACCAGGCUUGUCUCCAACCUUAGUGCACAUGAGAAUCAGUCCACGGGCUUGUACAGUUUGUCUGUGGCUGAUUCAGUAGGUAUAGGGCGGAGAAGGUGACAUGCCCUGUUCAGGCACCACACAGAGAACAAAUAGCUGGGUUUGAUUCAGAAUUCAAUAGGCAUUAUCUGACAGCACUGUUGUACAACUGCUAAUCUAUAUGGGAUUCAUUGUGGCACAUUUAAAAUUGACUAAGAAAUUGGUUGCUUUUUUUCUUGAAACAUAAUCAGUUAGGAUCCAAAUUUGUAAUUGGCCGGACACUCGGAAAUUUGAGAAUUGGAAACCCUUUUAUCGGAACAAAUUGCCAAAAUAAAUUUAAAUUUAGGUACCUGAUUGGAGGAAGCAAAUUAAUUUUGAUAAUGUCUCUAAUAAUGAAUCAACUACCCAAAUAUUGACCUCAAUUUGGAUGAAACUGAACAGUAAAGUUUCCAGAAAACAGUAGUAUUCUCAAUAGCAUGUUUAUCUCAUAGACAUGGUAAUUUUUGCCAGAUGCUUCCACUUUGGGGGAGUGUUUUAUCCAGUUUGUGUUCUGUGUUGGUUACUGAACUGUGCACAACUUUAUUACUUUGCAUAUGGUUGUUGUAUUGUAAGCAUCCACUCCUGCAUCAUUUAAAAUGGCCAUAAACUGGCAAUACCAAUGAGGUAAUGGGUGAUGCUAUUUUCUAGUGGCAAAUUUCAAUAUGUAUUUAAUAGCUUGGCUGUAAAUAUCCUGGUGGCAAUAUUUGGUAUUGAUAUUGGACUUUUGUAAAUAUGCUUCUAAAUGGGAAUAGUGUUACAAUGGACUGUUCACUGUUAGUGGCAAACUUUGACAUGUUGCCACUUUAGUCGGGGUUUCUCUGUACUGGGAGGUGCUGAGGAGUAUGGAUGUAGAGAGACUUUGCAGGGACUGAAGAAGGAACCCAGACUAGAAACAAAGAGACCUCUUCUGUGGCUUGGACCGAAUACAAAGUGAGCAAUCCUGUUGUUUUAGGAAAGUGUGACUUAGGAAGGGACUCCGAUGGGAGCAGGGAGACCUCUCUUCUGUGGUUGGACUCAAAUGAGCAAUCAUGGAGGGUUUUUAAAAAUUGUGACAUGAAGGACCUCAACCUUGAAACAAGGAGACCUCUCUUCUGUGGUUUGGACUCAGUACAAUGAGCAAUCGUGGAAGACUUAAAAAAUGUGACCUAUAAAGGAAAGGGACCUAAAUGUGAAACAAGAAGACCUCUUUUCUGUGGUUUGGACUCAAAUGAGCAAUCAUGGAAGACUCACAAAAUUGUGACUUGUAAAAGGACCUAAAUUUGAAACAAGGAGACCUCUUUUCUGUGGCUUGGACUGAAGAUAGGGAGAAAUCCCACAGGAUUUUUUAAAAACUGAUGAUUUCUAUGAGGAUAAGUUAUGGCAAUGAUACAAAUUUUUUUAUUUUUGUAGGAUGGCAAAAAUGUGUCGUAUUUUUCUAAUUAUCUUUUGCUUAAUGUGUAACUCUCUGGUGAGCAUGACUGAAUGGACUGGGUGUUUCUCAAACUAGUCAGUUAAGGUCCUAGUGAGGCCAAAGGAAUAUUUAAAAUUUCCCAUCCCCCUAAAAUACGAAUCACAAUGAGGAAACUGAAAAUCAAACACAACUCACUGAGCAAUAUUUUUGUCUUAGAUCGCAACAUGGUAAAGUUUGGUAAAAUGUUUACAUGAAAGAAUGGAUUGACUUUUCUGAUUGUUUCAUGGAGAGAAAAAUAUUAACUCAUUGGCCUUAAAGUCAAUACUCUUCUCGCUCCAAGACCUCAUGUAAUUAAUUGGCAUUUACUAUGAAUCUGGAGGAUAGAUUGUACGUCAUAUUGGGUAUGUUGUCAGUUAUUGGGUAAAAUAUAUUCAUAAAGAAAUAAAAGAAAACGUAAGUUUUAGGAAAAAUUUAGCUUCCACUUUAAAUCUAAACUCUUUAAUACAGUCCGGACAUAACGGCAUUUGAUUGUGCCUCUGCUGCGUGCAGAGAAUUGGGUGACACCAUCUUAAAUUCAACUUGCCUGUCCAUCAGCCAGAGGGAUACUAACAUUUCAAUUUGGCUUCUGUGGAAAGGAAAAGGGUUUUUGUAAAGUCAUCCGUCUGUUUCAGUCUAGCUCACUAGAGAAUAAAACUUACCUGUUUAAAAAAAAAAAAAAGCAGGUGAACAUUUGAACGAAUCUCUUGUGCAACCUCUUAGAGAUCAAGAGUUCAUUGUUAUUGAGAGUAUACAACUGUUUACUUAUUAGUGGUAACCACGGACGUAGCCACAUAAAAUUAUGUAAAUACAUGUAUCAUUGUUUAGCUUUUGUAAUGUAUAUAGCAUCUUCUACAACUUGCUGUUAAAGAGAACUCGUGGAGCAGUUGUUUUUAAAAUGACAAGACCAUGCCUGGAUCACUCCAAGAAGAUUCUGGCCAGUGACCAUGUGAAGUCACUCCAUGCCAUCGUAAACAUCACUUCAGAACCACUGCAUGAUACUUUGCCUGAAUUUUAGAGAAUUGUAGAAAGCUGCUGCCAACGAGGGGGUGACCAAGGGGCAGGCAUUGAACUCAGUUGGGGCCUGAGAACAAUGGACAAGGGUAUCUUGCCAAAAGUAAGAACCUGCAUAGCCAGGUGAUUGCUGUUCAGGCUCCGUUAGAUGGCUGCUCCGCACCUACCUUUCCAAUCGGCAGUUUGACCUCUUUUAACUUUUUUAAACUUCCAGCCGUCGCCUUACUUCUGUCUUCAGAUUCUCUCUGACAUAAUGAACCACAUCGUGUUCCAACAGUAUUAUAAAUAAGCAAUAAUCAGAAGGAGGGGAAAGAUUCCAUAGACUGGUAUUUCCAGCAUCUUUUGCCACUCUGAAAACCGGUCAUCUUCCACUUGCCACCUCUGAAGAUUUGGAUUCUCAAAAUCUGGGAUGUUCGUUCACUCAAACCCCCUGGUCCCCCUAAUAAUCUCCAGAAGUUUUUACAGCAAGAAACAGUGUUACUGAAAGCCAGGAUGAUGUACAAUGGAUGAGCCAGAGAUCCCAGCCUGAGGAACUGCCCUGCCUGAGCUAGGGACUCCUGUGGGCAUCUCACCCUCAUGCAAACUGAAGGGGUCUUUGGCCAGAUCAAGAGCCAUUCUCCCAACCUAAUACGCAUUGAUGCCUGGGCCAAAAGCAUAUAGGGACAGCAUCCUCAUCCCGUAUUCCUCCCCACAAAGGUAUGUGAAGGACAACAUCACGUAGACACAGCCAACCCCGCAGGAAUCUGGAGAGGAAGGACACAGAGCACAUUCUAAUUGACCUAGAAGCUUUACCAGCCACAAAGACAAGAAACACAGAUUGAUACUGUUUUGACCAUCGGUCUUACAUUUCAUUGGAGAAAAUAUUUUGUGAUGGGGAGUCUCAACUCACCUUCAGAAGGUCUACCAUUGAAAGCUGUGUAUCUGAGACUCUUGUAUAGAUGCCUGAUGCACAGGUCUCCAGUUUUCUCCAAUUCACAUUUUAAAAACAACUCAGAAUCUAACCCUGCUAAGUACUUUAUUGCCCACAUAAAGCUGAACAAUUGAUGGACAUUGGUAUGGACAAUGUUGUUAAAAUGUAAAUAGAAAAUACUCAGUGACUGAUGAAUGUUAAUGAACUGUUGUUGAUGUGAGGAGACCAAGAGAAUGAAAUUCAACAUAUAAUGGUUUCAUUUUCUUGUUUUUAUUCUUUGUUUACGUUAACUUCCUUGGAAUAUAAACUCAAGCACAGAGGCCUCCAUUUGUAAACAAAUCUGUUAUUUUUGGAUAUUUUUGUAACGGUUGCUGUGAUAUUCAAGCUGGUUUCCUAGGGAAGUUUCUAAUACAUUUAGUAAAAUUGUCUUCUGUAUAUAGAGUUUUUUAAAGCUAUACACAAUGCUGGACUCGUUGUUUGUGUGCUCAGGGAUAGCAGGAAAGGAAAUAGCAAGGCAUUAGAUAUCCAUGUGUAUAAAAAAGCCAAAUAUAGUUGCUUUGCGCCAUUUCCUAAUGUAUUGUAAUUAUUAUAACAAGGAGUUUGGUUACGUGUAUAGAAGUAUUUUAAUACAUGAUGAUGAAAAUAGAACUGUCAGAAUACCUCUGAAAGAUGUACAUAUUAAACCAUUAGAAUGGACGAUUGCUGUGGGACUGGGGGAGGGAGGUUUUGUACACAGCUAUCACAGACAUGAAAGGCUGCUCUGUGGGUGUAGAUAUUCCUGUAAAUGGUCUUUAUUUUGAAAUGUAUAUGUUGCUCUUUGCUUAUUACCAAGUGUUAUUGCUGUUUAUAUAUAUAUAUAUUAGGACUGUUGCGCCAUGUUACCAAAGCCAUCUUACAGGGAUGGCUUACCUCCAUGCUCACACGUCUACCUUUAGUUUGUAAAUUUUUCGUUUUGCCAGUUGCAUUAUUAAAUGGCCUCAUUAUUAAUUUAUUUAUGAUAACAUUUUGUUAUAAACAAUGUUAUUAAUGCCUAACAUGCAAUUUUCAACAUGUAUAUAUGUCAUUGUAAAUUUGUUAUAAAUAUGAUCAACUUAAUGGGAUAGAAGCAUUUUUGUUUACCAAAGAGAUGUUAGAUGUAGCCUCUCUGUGUUCCCUGCAUCAUUAGGCUCCAUUUUCAUGUUGUCCUCGGGGUGAGCAUAGUGUAAUGAUCUCUGUUUCAUUACAUCAUCAUGCUGGAAAUUUCAUUGCAACUGUAGGUCUGCUUUCAUUGAUGGUUUUCAGACAUUUAUAUACAAAUAGGACGGGUUUUUUUUUUUUGCAUAACUUGGAGAAAUCUCUACAAGUGGUAUAAAACAGCAUAGUUUAGAAAAGUUCAUUUGCUGGUGGAAAUUGACAUAAUAGUGAAUUGUUUUUAGAACUUAUUUCUAGUUGUAUAGGUGAUUUAUGUUUGAUGUGGGACGUUAGCAAUGGAAUAUAUUAAACCCAAGUUCAUUAUAUGUGGGCUGACAAAAGAAUGUGUUUGUAUUAUAUGUAUAUAGUAUACAGUUACACGUUUUUUAAAGCAAUAGGAAGUUUUAUAUUUGCAUGUCUUGUUUUUAGAUUAUUGUAUAUAUCUUUUUGCUUUAAACUUUUAGUUCUUUAAAUAUAAUGAUUGUUUACAUAUUCAUAUGUGUGUAUACAUAUACACAUAUAUACAUGUACAUAUGUGUAUAUUAGUGUACAGAACUUUUUUAAAGUCAUAGGACAAACAAUGGAAGAUACUGUGACGCUGCUAGCUAUAUGGUGGACAAAUGUUUUGUUUUAUAACAUCUGCAUUGAUAGACACACGUGACUUCUGUUUUGGCAAUUAAAUUGCUAUACUAUGUCUAGUCGACAUGUAUUGUUGGGGGGGGUUAUUGCCUUUGUGUUGUAUUUUUUUUUUAGUAGGUAUUCUUUGUUAAGGUGUAGAAAUCAUUGUCAUUAAUGUGUAAAUGUGUGUUUUUUUUUCUACCAAUCUAGUUUUUGAAUGUUAAGUUCUGGAGCCGAGCAGGGAGGUAUCUGACUGCUGUAUGUAUAAUAGACAAGUUCCUUACCACAUCUUCACUCCUAGGUUUGUAGAAAUACCCUGUUUCCACGUGCCCCCGCGCGCGCACACACACGCACACACACAGUACAUAUGUUAAUGUUGAACUAGGGUUAAAAAAUGUUUGUUACCAAUAGAAGUGUUACUUCACCCCCUAGUGUUGGAUAUCACUUGGGGUGAAUGGGGGUGAUUAAUCUGACCAGAUCUUUGUUUUUCUACCAUAUACUCUUGUACAUGUGCCGAGAUUUGUCAUUUUAAAAACUUUAAAUCUAUUUCACCUGAAAUUAUAGCACAUAUGCUUUUUUUUGCUUGUUGAAAUGGUUCACCAGUCCUGCCUAUUUUAAUCUUCAAACAGUAUUUAUCUUUAAAACGCCUGUUCAUUGCUGAUAUACUUUCUAAUAUCACAACCUAUUUGUAUAAUUAGACUUUUUUUUCUGAAUGUUGAACAGGGGUAGUGGAUGUUUCUGAACUCAUCUCUAAUACUCUCUUCAUGUCUUUCUGGUUUAUGUCUAUGACAUGGACUCUGUCUAUUGCAUUGCAUGUAGACCACCCACAGUCAAAUCCUCUCCCAUCACCAUCGAUUUGGCCCCCAUUUUCCUCGACUACCUCUCCACCCACUUCCCAACAACAUGGAUGGACCUUGAGAAUAGGAUGCUAAGUGAAAUAAGUGGAAAGUAUUUUUACCUCACAUUUUUAUUUAGAUGUAAAAGUAGAUAGUAACCAUGAAAUUGUCAUUUUAUAGAAAAAUACCUCAAUUUAAGGGCCAUGUUGUUAUAUAUUAUUUUCCCAGAUGUACUGAGGUUCAGGAUGGAAUUCUUUUUUCUAAAGAACAUUUACAGAAUCUCUAAGUAUAUAAUCCUGUAAAUAUUUUAUUGUAUAUUUGUUCCUACCAUUGUCUUUCAAUAAUAACACGGCAAUAAAAUUAAAUGUACAAGAUAAUUCAUUUCCCCCAACAUGGAAGAAUAGUCUGGCCAUCCUAACAAGUAUAAAUUUAAAACUUAAGAUACAGUGUGAAUUUGGUGUUUUUUGGAUGUGCCAAAUUUCCCAAUAUGUUCCUAUUUUUUUAUUAAGAUUUUUUUUGGAAAGGUGUUUAAAAUUCAUAGCAAAUUGAGGGGAAGGUACAAAGAUUUCCCAUAUACCUCAGUCCCCCACACACAUGCAAUAAUCAACCCAACACAUAGGGUAAUCUCAUGCCUUUUACAUCCAUAAGGUGACUUUGACAUUGACAUAUAUCUAUCUUGAUAUUUGGGUUAUUUUCUUACCCUAAAUCCUCUGUACUCUGCCUACUCAUUCUUCUGUGUUUUUCUCUCUCUCUUUAACAUUGAAGGUAUUAGUUGCUUCGUUGAACGGAUUUUAUACUACCUCUUGGAACUAUACAUAGUUGUGUAUGUGUUCCCUUGGUCGCAUGACAGUAUUCAAGACAACUUUGUAAAUAACAGGCAGAUACACUUUAAUUUCUAACAUCUAGUCUUUCCAGAUGUAUAUAUUCUCUCAAUGUAUACUCUUGUAAAUAAUUCAUUGUACAAUUCCAUGCUUUUAUAUUCUUGGGUUGUGUGGUGGUUGCUUAGGCUAUGUAUAUAUCCUUGCUCUGUGGAUUUGCUAGGGGGCGGGUAAAAGGGAGUGGCCCUACACUUUUUGAAAUAAGGCAUUGUUUAGUGUUUAUUCUACAUCAAAGACCUCAGUCCUCACUUUGUGGUUGUGUAGCUGAUAGGGCAUUAUGUAUUUUAAUCAUGGGAAAUGUAUUUUAUAGGAAUUACACAGCCACAGUCAGGACAAUUUUGUAAAUAGCAGGCAUAUAUAUAUAAAUACACAUCAUUUUAAACAUCUAGUUUUUCUAGAUGCACAGGGAGAUUCGCAAAAUUUUGUAAAUACUUCAUUGCAAACUAGCGUAAGUUGGCUUCUGGUAUGUUUUGGCAAUGUAAUAGGUGGUUAGUGAAUAUCUGCUUCCUAGGCUGUGCUAGCAUUCUGGUGUUCAGUGAGUUCCUGGGAGAGGAAUCCCAAGAUGGCCUACAUAUCUUCAUCUUAUUAGGCUCUCAUGUGUAAGGAAAGGCUACACCGGGUAUGGAUAACGGCAGUGACAAACCAGACUUGUAUUGUGAAGCUUCAGGGAGAAAGAUAUGUGACAAGAACUGUCCCUUUGUCACAUUCAGAUAUUCUCAGUGAUGUGAUCAAACAUGGCAGCAACGCACAUUGCUAAAGGAAUUGCUAUGUUGCUAGGCUAGAUAAAUAUUAACACAUAUGUAACAUUAGUUUUAGGGUUUUGGUCUGAUAAUGCUUUUUUUCUCAUUUAUUAGCUUCUUGAUUUUCAUUUUGCUAUGAAAGUUAUUGUAUUCUUACACUUAUGAAAGCCAGCCUCAUGUUACAUGUAAAUGUGUUAAUUUUGUAUGAGAUAAUUAAGCAACUCUCUAUCAAUGUUUUCAUCUAUAUGCAUCUGUAUGAGAGAAUUUCACUAGUUAUGAAUAUUUUAAUUCUCUGAGACCUUUUUAAAAUUUUUUCUGGUGAAUUGUUACAUUUGAAUGUCAUGAUUAAUGUUGAAAGUGUAUUGUAUCUCAGUUGCCUGUAAUGUACAUUAUGAAAGUUUCUUAGAAAGGUGGUCCAAUCCAGUAUUGAUUAAAGUAUAGAUCAUCUCUGAACAGCAGUUUGGCAAUGACAAUCAAAAUUGAAUGCGUAAAAGUGACUGCUGUGAUUUUAUCUGUUCCAAAUCAAAUUUACAAAGUUGAAGGUACAUUAUAAAUUGAAAGAAACAUUGAACAACUGAAAUACACAUUAGUGAAAAAUAUUGUAAUGAUUAUAGCUUACUUAAAUGAAUAUGAUCUAACCACUGAUAAAACAUUCUUAUGUGGAUGUGUGUUUUAAAUUGAUACUUAAAAUUGUCAUUUUUGAACAAAGAUCAACAAAUGUAUAUUGACAAGAGGUGUGUCCAUGUGCCUCUAGUUCAUAUACCAGAAAAGGUAAGGGCAAUGAUUCACCAUCAGUGUCACUAUCCCGGUGAUGGCUUCGACACAUUUUGGAAUUUUUGUGCAUGUGCUAGUUAAACAAUAAGGCAUUGCUCAUCCAUGUAUUUGUAUGUUGCUACAUGACAAUCUAAAGUGACUGAGUAUGGAAGAGAAAGUUGUCUGGACGACUAUGGCAAAAUCUCAGUGUACAAACAUGUGAAUGGAAGGACUGCUUCUACUUUGGAUUCAAAUUUUUUAAAGGUAUUUCAAAAGGAACAUUUCAACAACAGGAAUUUUAAAGGCACAGCUAAUUUGUGCCUGUCGUCCAUCUUGCCUAUCAACAUCUUGGGCAUGUGUGUCUGUGGGUCCGGCCUUGUAUUGCCAUUGGGCCUGAUUAAUGCUUUUAAGAGAUCAAGACAGCAUGAGACUUAAAGACUAAUGCAGCACAGAGCUGUACCAUGUGAGGAGGAGGAAGGAGGAGAAUCGAUUACCCAAGGAGAGAAGAAGGGAGACGACGAGACUGCAGGAGUGAAAAGGAGGAAAGGAAAGUGAAUUUGUGACAAGUGAGGACAACCAACAUCAGGAGCCUUUGUCUUUCAAUGGAUCACCUUGUUCCCUGAGGCUCAACUGAACCACCGGAGAUGAUGGUUCCCGAGGAUGGCACCACCGCCUCGAGUCCUCACGCAGUGUGCCCCACUUCCAUCCCUGGCCCAGGAGCGUCCCGGAGACAUGCAUGGGAUGCCGGAACAGACUUGCUUCUGCCACCAUCUGAAACGCCCGCCAGCCAGGCUCCAGAGCGGCCCAGAGGUGCCUCUUGGGCGUGGCCAUGGACACUCCCUGCCAGCCUGACAGGAGUGAGCCCUCGUGUCCAACGUGACCCAGCGGGUGAUGGCGAGAACUGUAAGCAGCAUGUUGACUGUUGUCCUUGUUGCUGUGGGACUGGCACCAGGAGAUGGCAAGCUGGAGACCUUAAUCCCGAAGCCCUGGACGUGCCGUUGCGAGGCCUCCUCCAGGGCUCCCAUAUAUUUCUAUUUUACUUAUAAUCAUAGCGUAGAUUUAAAAUGUAUUCAUUAAAAAUAGUCUUUUAUUUUAGAUUUUAGGCAACAUAGAAAUUUGUUAAGUAUGUAGCUAUUACUUCAUGUACCUUUGUUUCCCUUUUAAUUUUACCCUGCCCCAUGUCAUCUAAUGUCUUUUUAUUUUUGAAUUAGAUUACAUUCAAUAUUACUUUGUAUUAGUUUCAGGUAUACUCAAAAGUAAAGUGUCCCCUCAAUGUUUCGGGUACCCACCAGGCCCCAUAUAUACGGAUCACAGUACAAACCGACUGUACUCCCUACGCUAUCAUCUACUAAUAGAGUUAGUGCGCACCCUUGUGGUGCUGCUCAGACAUUGUAGACAAGUAGUGUUUUAGGCGCUUACACUGGCCACACAUCUUCUCUGCAUUAAACAUGCUUUUAUAUUAUUCCUUUUGAAUUUAUUCAACUAACUUGUUGAAAAAAAUUCCAACGAAUUGGAAUUACUCUGGCUAAAAAUACUCAAUUUAUAUAUAGACUCAGAAAUUAGCUUUCCCCUCAUUCUAAUCUAGGUCCUUCUCUUUAUUCUGCCUCCCCCUGUUUGAGACUUCAAACUGCACAACACUGUUCAAAGCUGUAGACUAUUAGGUGUCAUUGUCUUUAUUCUGCUCACUGACACUGCAGAGAAGUUAUUCUUCAUCACUGCUCCGCAAAAUCAUAUAUGCUCACUGCUUAAUCAUCACUUGUACUUUUUCAUUUCAUUUUUCCAGCUUCCUUGCAUUAUUAUAGUGUCACUGGAUUUUAAGAGCUUGUUUAUAACUAAAGAUGUUAACCAUUUCUCAUGCAUUGCAAAUGAUAUACCAUGUUUUUUGUUACUAUUUUACUCUGCUGUUUUACUUUUUGGUUGUAUCAAACUUGUGCAUUAAAUAUAAUCAUAUUCUGUUUUA